CAUCCUUGGUGGUGGGUCCAUUUCUAAGCAAUGUCUGGACGAGGCAAGCAGGGCGGCAAAGCCCGCGCAAAGGCCAAGACCCGCUCCUCGCGGGCCGGGCUUCAGUUCCCGGUGGGCCGAGUGCACCGCCUGCUCCGCAAAGGCAAUUAUGCUGAGCGGGUUGGCGCCGGCGCGCCCGUGUACCUGGCGGCGGUGCUGGAGUACCUGACCGCCGAGAUCCUGGAGCUGGCUGGGAACGCGGCCCGCGAUAACAAGAAGACGCGCAUCAUUCCGCGCCACUUGCAGCUUGCCAUCCGUAAUGAUGAAGAGCUCAACAAGCUACUGGGCAAAGUCACCAUCGCUCAGGGCGGCGUCCUGCCCAACAUUCAGGCUGUGCUGCUGCCAAAGAAGACUGAGAGUCACCACAAGCCCAAGGGCAAAUAGAGAUCUGGUGUCUUUUGCAACUCAGACCUUCCCAAACCAAAAGGCUCUUUUCAGAGCCACCUA